AUGAGCGCUUCCACCACGAUCACCGCGCCACCUCGAAUUACGACGGAGAACGUCGCAACUCUCUUCCCCGAGGUUGACACCUCUUUGGCUCGCGAAGUACUCCCCUCGGCCAGUGGCAACCCCUCCGCAGCUGGCAGCAGUGAGCUCGCGGGGUACGAUGAGGAACAAGUUCGCCUGAUGGACGAAGUCUGCAUUGUUCUGGAUGAUGAUGACAAGCCUAUUGGCAGUGCCAGCAAGAAGGCCUGCCACCUUAUGACCAACAUUGACCGGGGUCUUCUUCACCGUGCCUUUUCCGUUUUCCUCUUCGAUUCCAACAAGCGCUUGCUGCUCCAACAACGCGCCACCGAGAAGAUUACGUUCCCGGACAUGUGGACAAAUACCUGCUGCUCUCACCCACUAGGAAUUGCUGGUGAGACCGGCUCUGAGCUAGAUGCCGCUAUCUUGGGCGUGAAGCGGGCUGCGCAGCGGAAGUUGGAACAUGAGCUGGGGAUUAAGCCCGAGCAAGUUCCAUUGGAUAAAUUCGAGUUCUUCACAAGAAUACACUAUAAGGCUCCUAGUGAUGGAAAGUGGGGCGAGCAUGAGAUCGACUAUAUUCUCUUCAUCCAGGCAGAUGUAGAAUUGAAUCCUAAUUUGAAUGAGGUCCGGGACACGAAGUAUGUCUCGGCCGACGAGUUGAAGAGGAUGUUUGAGCAGCCGGGGCUGAAGUUCACCCCCUGGUUUAAGCUUAUCUGCAAUUCGAUGUUGUUCGAAUGGUGGAGCCACCUCGGCUCUGCGACCCUGGACAAGUACAAGGGCGAGAAAGAGAUCCGACGCAUGUGA